AUGAAAGGCUUAUCAAGCAGCCGAGGCCAUCACUAUGCAGUCAACUGUGACCCUUCGUGUGACAUGCUGCCCCACCAACAGGAAAGGAAGCCAUACCUACUCAAUCCAGUGGAGUCCCACCCUGGAGAUCAUCCCUAUUAUACCCAGAGGAACUCCUUUCAGUCAGAAUGCAUGGUUCCAUUCAAUGAUCAAAUUGCUAGCAGCACUUUCCCCAGAAGACAUUAUAGCUCCUAUCAUGACCUAAAGGAUGAAUGUGCUCUGGUCCCUGUCCCGUCAUCCACUAAAGUCAACCGUAUCCCUGCUAACCUCCUGGAUCAGUUUGAGAGGCAGAUCCCUAUCCGUCGUGAUGGCUUCCACACAUUGCAGUAUAAACGGACUGCCUUGGAACAUCGCAGCGACAGCCCAGGGAGGAUCCGCCACUUGGUCCAUUCAGUGCAAAAGCUCUUUACCAAGUCCCAUUCACUCGAGGGCCCUUCCAAAGGGCACAUGAAUGGCAAUAAAGCGAGUCCUGAUGAGCCCCAUGGCAUGAAGCAUGGGAAGCGUAGCAAGAGCAAAGACAGGAAGUCAGAACUGAAGAGCAAGUCUAAUAUUUCAGGUUGGUGGAGCUCAGAUGAUAAUCUAGAUGGUGACGUGUGCCUUUACCAUGGGCCAACCAAUGUCAUGACCAUGGGUCGAUGCCCAGACCGCUCAACAUCACAAUACUUCAUGGAAGCUUAUAACACAAUCAGUGAGCACAGCUUGAAAACUUCCAGGAGCAAUAAUGAUGUGAAGUGCACAACCUGUGUAAAUAUCCCAAACCCACUGAGCAUCGACGCGCAAGUUCUGAAGAAGAGCUCGUGGUCAUCGACACUAACCGUGAGCCGGGCUCGAGAGGUUUACCAGAAAUCUUCUGUCAAUGUCGAUAAUAAAACAGUCAUGAAAUCACAGACGUGCCAACAGGAGCGAUCAUGUCAGUAUCUGCAGGUUCCACAAGACGACUGGGGAGGUUACGCCCCUCGAGGCAAAGAUGAUGAGAUUCCCUGUCGCCGAAUGCGCAGUGGCAGCUACAUUAAAGCAAUGGGGGAUGACGACAGUGGGGAUUCGGACACCAGCCCAAAACCCUCUCCAAAGAUUGCAGCACGUCGUGAGAGCUAUCUUAAGGCUACUCAGCCAUCCCUAACGGAGCUUAGCACGCUCAAGAUAUCGAGUGAACACUCUCCCAAACUGCAAAUACGAAGCCACAGUUACUUGCGGGCUGUCAGUGAAGUCUCAAUCAAUCGAAGUCUGGAAAGUCUAGACCCCGCAGUGCUGCUUGCCUCACCCAAAUUCCGUUCUCGCAACGAGAGCUAUAUGAGAGCCAUGAGCACGAUCAGUCAGGUGAGUGAAGUGGAAGUUAACGGACAGUUUGAAUCUGUUUGUGAGUCGGUUUUCAGUGAGCUCGAGUCUCAGGCAGUCGAAGCCCUGGACCUGCCAAUACCGGGAUGUUUCCGCAUGCGGAGCCACAGUUAUGUGAGGGCCAUUGAACGCGGCUGCUCACAGGAUGAUGAACGGUUGUCACUUAGGUCAGCUUCACCACCUCGAACAACCACUACAGUUAGGACCAUCCAAAGCAGCACUGUAUCAUCAUGCAUUACAACAUACAAGAAGAAUCCUCCGCCAGUCCCACCUCGGACCACGACCAAACCAUUCAUCUCGAUCACCGCCCAGAGCAGCACAGAAUCUGCACAAGACGCCUAUUUGGACGGCCACAGCCACAGAGGUGAUCUGAACAGCCAGUCCAGAUUGAGUAAUUCCACGGAAAGUUUGGACAGUGUCAAGGCAUUAAAUGCUGCCAUAGAAGCCGCCAACGCUCAAGUCCAUGGACCUUCUAAUAGUCAGCAGCACAUUGAGAUCACGCCGCCAGUGAUAGUUGAACAGGAAAUUCCACCAGUGGAGGAAAUAAAAGUGGACCUGUUGAGAAAAAGCAAGUGCUCUUCAGUCGGAAUACAGGUUGAUGGGCCUGAUGGAGAAACAAUUGUAGAAGCAUUGAAGCUGAACAGGUUCCAGUCAAUAGGAGUUCAAGUGGAGGAGGAGAAAUGCUUUCGUAAGUUUACUCGGUCAAACAGUGUGGCGGCAGCAGUCCAGGCAGACCUGGAUGCUCAGAAGAAGGUAGAAGACUUGCAUGAACCCCAGGAAGUGGUCGUGAAUCCAAUGCUGAGGCAACACUCUAAAGAUGCAAGUACAUCCACAGCUGCCAUUCAGGGGGCUGAGGCGUGCCAGCUCCAGGCCUGUGCACAGGACGUUGACUUUGCCCCAGAAUUUGAUCCUUCCUUUCUUCCGCCUCCCGAGCCUUGGAUCGACUCAGUGUCUGUUGCUGAAGUGGAAGCAGGCCAGAGGUCAAUAUGUCAAAGGGACGGACGGUGGUUCAUGAAGCUGCUUCAGGCUGAGAAGCAGCGGAUGGAUGCAUGGUGCCAACAGAUGGAAAGAGAAGAACAAGACAAUGAGCUUCCUGAAGAAAUCCUGGGGAAAAUCCGAAGUGCAAUCGGAAGUGCUCAGCUCUUAAUGUCCCAGAAGUUCCAGCAGUUCAGUGGACUGUGUGAAGAAAACAUGAUUCCAAAUUCCUGCCCUCGGCUGACCUCCCAGGACUUGGCGGGGUUUUGGGAUAUGCUGCAGUUAUCGAUUGAAAAUGUCAGUAUGAAAUUUGAUGAGCUGCACCAACUGAAGGCAAACAACUGGAAGCAAGUUGAACUUCCUGAAAAGAAGGAGAAGAGAAUUCCGCCUCCAGUGCCAAAGAAACCGCCAAAAGGUCAGGUUCCUUUCAAACGGGAGAAAUCGCUGGAAGCCACAGAGAAACAGAGGCAGGAGGCACGCAAGAGGCUGAUGGCUGCCAAGCGAGCAGCAUCUGUGAGGCAGAACUCCGCCACCGAAAGUGCUGAUAGCAUCGAGAUCUACAUCCCAGAAGCACAGACCAGACUAUAAGCCACACUGGAGAGCGAUUGUAUUACCUUAUGAUUUUUAAAUUGGUUGGUUGUAACAUAUUGUACGCUUACAGAUUUGUCAGAGGUACGACCAGAGAGAGUGUAUCCCUUUACCCAUAUGAACAUUAAAUAAUCUGGACAAUUAUCAGCAGGCAUGGCAUUCUUCACAAGCCCCAAGAAAAGGAUUGGAAACUCUUUUGGUAUAAUCAACCAUUGAUGCUUGGAUACAUAGCAAAA